AUGGCCGCCGUAGACGAGAAGCAUGUCAAAGCUCUGGCUGAGAGUCCGGGCAGUCAAACCGAUGGCGACCAUCCCGAGAUCGAUUGGUCACCCGAGGAAGAGCAGCGUCUAGUCCGGAAAGUCGAUCUCCUCAUCAUGCCGCUUCUAAUUCUUGCCUUCUUUGCCCUACAACUCGACCGCGGAAAUAUUGGCAACGCAUUGACGGACUACUUUCUCCGGGACGUUGGCAUAACUCAGAACCAGUUCAACGUUGGUCAGCAGUUGUUGUCUGCGGGUAUCGUCAUUCUUGAGUCUUUUUACAAGAUCCCCAGCAACUUGAUUCUUUACAGAAUCGGACCGACACUCUGGAUAGGUGGCCAAAUCGUGGCAUGGGGCUUGGUUGCGACAUUUCAAGCUUUUCAGAAGGGUCUUGGCCCGUUCAUGGCCACUCGACUGCUCCUCGGUUUGUGUGAAGCUGGUUUCAUUCCAGCUGCGCUCUUCACCAUGACGCGAUGGUAUAAGAAAGACGAGACUAGCAAGCGGUUCUCGUGGUUUUUCAUUGGCAACAUGCUUGCUGCCGCCUGCUCGGGGCUUAUUGCCUAUGGAAUUCUGCAUAUGAGAGGUGUAGCUGGCCUUGCCGGAUGGCAAUGGCUCUUUCUGCUCGAAGGCAUUUUCACCGUGCUGGUCGGAAUUGCGUUCUUUCUUUGCUUUCCCAACCAAGUCAACAACCCAGUUUCCCUGACCGGGAUUCGAUACUUCACGGAGCGCGAAGCCGAGAUCCUCUACAAGAGAAUCAUGAUUGACGACCCCUCCAAGGCUCAUGCCAAACGCUCAGUCAGCUGGCCUGAGUUGAGAUCAGCUUUGACCAACUGGAGACUCAUUCCACACGUCAUUUUCACAAUUUGUGGUCUUGCGCCGUCGUCUACCUUGGGGUCCUAUGCUCCGUCGCUCGUUAACUCCAUGGGGUUCGAGAGACUGCAGUCAAAUGCCAUGGUAUCCAUCGGCUCCUGGCUGCUGCUCCCCAUCAACUUGCUUUGGGGGUUUACUGCCGACAAAACGGGAGUUCGUGGCCCAUGGGUGUUCCUGGGACUGUUCAUCUUCUGGGGCUUCAACCUUGGCAACAUGUUGCUGAUUGAUGCUGACCGUAACAAGCGUUUCGCCAUGUUGACCCUAUCAACCGCUUUCUCGUUCCCUUGGCACCCGGUCAACGGCGCUUGGGUGUCAGCCAAUGCCAAGUCGGCGGGUGAACGUUCCAUCACGAUGGCGAUCCUCAUUAUGGCGGCCAACUGUUCGGGGAUUGUCGGUAAGCAGCUGUUUAGGGAGGAAGAUGCCCCAAAGUAUCGCAAAGGUUGGACCAUCAUCACUGGCCUCACGACUGCUGCGGUGGCCUGUAGCAUCUGGGCCAAUGCUCAGUACUACAUCCUCAACAAGCGAAGGCUGAGCCGGACGGGUCUGUCGUAUCAAUACUGA